CCUCAAAAUAAUUAUGGUUGCUCCAUCUCGAAAGAAGUCGAUUAUUCAUCAUCAUGAUCACUCUCAUGAAUCAACACCUCAAAAAACUCACCAUCAUCGAGUGAAGCAGGCUGAACGUAAACGGACAGCAAGCAUCAGUAAAGAAGAUGGAAUGGAAUAUAACAAAAGAGUUCGAAAGCUUCAUAAGGCAUUCUUAACCCAUGGAGCCGAGUCCCCACAUGUUGAUGAUAAACAGACUUCUGGAAGUAACAGUGAUACUGAAGCUCCACUUUUCGAUCCGGAUUGUGAUCCAGAGAACCCAAAGAAAUUGAAAUUUUCUGAUAUUUCAAGUGCUGCAUUUAACAUUAAAAAUGGAGUUCAAACAACACCAUGUGUGCGAUCUCUUCAACUGUCAUCCAAGUGUGAAAUGGACCUUUAUUUCAAAAAAGAAUAUCUGCAAGUGACAGGAUCAUUCAAAGAACGAGGAGCAAGAUACGCUCUUUCAAAAAUGGCUGAGCAAUUCAAAAAAGCAGGAGUGAUCGCUGCGAGCGCAGGAAAUCAUGCUCUAGCUCUCAGUUAUCAUGGACAACAAAUGGGGAUUCCAGUGACAGUGGUCAUGCCUGUUAUUGCUCCACUUAUGAAAAUUCAAUUCUGCAGAAGCUUGGGAGCAACAGUUAUUCUCAAGGGAGAGAGUAUUGCAGUGGCCAAGGACUUUGCACUUCGUCACGCUAAAGAGAAUCACUUAAAGUACAUUAAUGGUUAUGAUGCAAUUGAUAUUCUUGCUGGACAAGGAACAAUUGGACUUGAAAUUCUUGAUCAAGUUCCAGAUGUUGAUACAAUUCUUGUACCAGUUGGAGGUGGUGGAUUAAUUGCUGGAAUCGCAACAGCUGUUAAGACAUUGAAGCCGGAUGUUCAUAUUUAUGGAAUUGAAUCAGAAACCUGCCCAUCGUUCACUGAAGCAUAUGAAGCUGGCCAUAUAAUAACUUCCCAGGCCAAAGCGUCACUUGCUGAUGGUCUCGCCGUUCCCACAGUCGGCGGAAAUUCUUUGGAGACAGCAAAAGGCUUGGUUGAUAAGGUUAUCACAGUGAAAGAAGAAAGCAUUGCGCUGAGUAUUUUAAGACUUUUGGAAGUUGAAAAGGCUGUUGUUGAAGGAGGAGGAGCUGUUGGAUUAGCAGCUAUUUUGGAAGGAAAAGUACCAGAAUUGAAAGGAAAGAAAGUUGUUUCAAUUCUUUCCGGUGGAAAUAUUGAUACAACAGUACUUGGAAGAUCAAUUGAAAGAGGAUUAGCUGUAGAUGGAAGACUUGUUCGUUUAGAAGUUGUCGUAUCAGAUAGACCAGGAGGUAUUGCUGAACUAACAACUACAAUUGCUCAUCUUGGAGCAUCAAUCAAAGAUAUUUUCCACGAAAGAGCAUGGAUCUCAACGGAUGUAUUCCACGUUAAAGUUAAGGUUGUGGCAGAAACUCGUGGAAAAGAGCACGUGGAGGAGAUUGAGACUGCAUUGAAGAAAAUUUAUGAUAAUGUUAUACUUCAUUGAACUCUCUAUUUUCAAAUAUAUUAAAAUAAAACGAUUUCACUGAUGAAUUUAUGUAUUGGAGCAGCAUACUGUUACAGUGGGCUGAAAAUAAAUUAUUUUUAACUUUU